UUCAGAUAAGUUACGUUCCGGCUCGCCUGUGCUCCGUGGAGUUAUUGUUCACUUUGCAGCUCUGACAGUGUAGCCAAUCAAGGUUCAAAGUCCUCCCACUGCUGUCUCUAUCGGUUACAGUUGAGGUUAAUUUUAGUAGCGUGCAAACAGUCUAACCCGAAGCGCCGCUCUUGAAAAUGGUUUCUUUGUAAGAAAGAAAGAGACAGGGGGAGAGAGGAAAGAAGGAGGGAAAAAAAAGUUGUGCAGCGCUUCAUUCGCGGAUCGGAUCGGCGGGACGUCCCUUCCCUUCAGCGACGUCGUCGGCUGAUCUGAAUUCCCCAUCCGCUGAGACGCAUGAGUGGAGUCUUACUUAGUAGGCGUUUUCUCGCCGGGAAGAAGGGGGGGGGAAAGUGGUUUGUUUGCUCUCCGUGCACUCUGCUUUAACUCCAAGGACGAGAGCCGAAGAUGGCCUUUCGCUCCAGGCUGCCCGACCGAGACGAGACGAGGAUGACCGAGAGGGAUCGCAUGGAGACCGUCGAUGCAUACGCGUGUCCAACUCUCGAACUCAGCCGAGCCGUGUCGGUGUCUCUGGGGCUGGACCCGCUGUCGUCUCCGCUCGGCGGUCUGAACCAGUGCCCCAGCAGCGCCUUCGGAGACUGCGAGCCCCCCGCCGCCGGCGGAAACAGUUCCUGCGGAGCGCCGGAGUUGGGCACGCCUGGAAGCGUGAGCUCGGAAGGAAGCAGGCUGGUUCGAGCCGACAGCAGCCUCGGAGUGGACGAAUUUGGGGAGGUAUGCCACGGUUUGCGGCAGGUGAGCUGCGUGGAUCAGUUCAGUUCGGGGGACAUGGACGCUGCGCAGACUGUGACGCGCGGCUCGGUCAUCUCCAGAUUCGUUUGCAAGGACUCGAGCAUGUUCAUGAACUCGAUAGCGGAGGUUCCCACGACCCCUCAAGUGACUGAAGUUGGAUCUUUGAAACCGUACUCCCCCUACUCUGCCGAGGCGAACCUGUACAGAGAGACCCAAGGUGUGUGGUGCGCCACCGAGCGCGCAUACGGCGAGCGAUCCGAGCCGCAUAGAGGCGCAUACGAUGGACACAGUUUCUUGUGUAAAUACUGCGGACAAACCUCUUUCGGACCCAGGCAAGAGUGCGACUGUGUGUGGUACAGGAGAGGUGAGCGGGGCAGUAAAGGCGGUGCGCCAGUUUCGACGGUUCAGGCGUUUGGCCAAGUGGAAAGUUACCCAGACGCGAUUCCUCAAGGGCAAAGCGCUUUUUCCACUAUCAAGACUGAACCUUCCGUUUGGGUGCACUGCACAGAUCGCGGCUUCAGGCACGAGGAUUUUUUCCCAGGCGUGUUCCUGUCAGACAGGAGAGUGUGUCAGGUGUGCGGCGAUGACGCCUCGGGUUGCCACUACGGAGCGGUCACCUGCGGCAGUUGCAAAGUGUUCUUCAAGAGGGCUGCUGCAGGAAAGCAGAACCACCUGUGCGCCAGCCGGAACGACUGUACCAUCGACAAGCUGAGGAGGAAAAACUGCGCCUCGUGUCGGCUAAAGAGGUGCUUCAUGUCCGGAAUGAGCCUGAAAGGCCGUAGGCUGAAGGGAGCCGGACAGACGAGAGGGGGAGAGGAAGAACAGCAGCCUGGUGCCUGGGGGCAUGGAGAGAGGGAAGGGAAGCACAACGUUGUCUUGGAGCCUGGAAAUGCUGCUGCCAGGGCUCAAGGGCCUCAACUUUUAGGGAUCCCCCCAACUAUGCGCUCCUGCCUCUCCCUGCUCACCAUCCUGCAGUCCAUCGAGCCUGCCGUUGUUAACGCGGGGCACGACCCCGCCCAACCAGACAGCCCCGCCUCCCUGCUCACCAGCCUCAAUGAGCUCGGGGAACGACAGCUGGUGACCGUUGUGCGCUGGGCAAAGGCGAUACCAGGUUUCCGUGACCUGCAUGUGGACGACCAGAUGUCCGUGAUUCAGUUGUCAUGGAUGGGGGUGAUGGUGUUCGCCUUGGGCUGGAGAUCCUACACGCUCACCAACUGCUCCAUGCUCUACUUUGCGCCCGACUUGGUGUUCAACGACCAACGUAUGCAAGUGUCCAGCAUGUACGAACACUGUGUGAGGAUGAAGCUGCUCGCCCAGAGGUUCUGCAAGCUGGAGGUUACCGAGGAGGAGUUCCUCUGCAUGAAGGCCCUGGUCCUCUUCAGUAUCAUGCCAGUGGAGGGCCUGAGGAGCCAGCGCUGCUUUGACGAACUGCGGACCUCCUACAUCAAGGAGCUGGACCGCUUAGCGAGCCACCACGGGGAGACCACCCGGACACAGAGGCUGUUUCAGCUCACGCAGCUACUGGACUACCUCCAGUCGGUCGUGAGAAAGCUGCACCAGUUCACCUACGACCUCUUCAUCCAAGCUCAGUCCCUGCAGAUGCGUGUCAACUUCCCGGAGAUGAUCUCCGAGAUCGUCAGCGUUCACGUGCCUAAGAUCCUCUCGGGCAUGGUCAAGCCCAUUCUGUUCCACAACACGGCCUGAGGGGGAUUUUUCCUCCGGGUGGAUCUGAAACACGACGGAGGCGCGUUGCGGUUUUCACGAGGUGACGGAGCCUUUCAAUCGGACCCUGACAGACGGAGGGGAUGGCACAUUCUUCCAGUGUUUUGUAAUCCAGUAAAAGUCCACUCUGCUCUUCUUUCUCGCUGCCUGCUCAGUGCAUCACACACACACACACACACACACACACACACACACACACACACACACA